AAAAAGAAUGAUCUGCAUCAACUUGUAUAGACAGAGAACUGAUAUAUAGACAUUGAUUUUGAUUGGCGACUAUUUACAUCAACUUGCAUAACUGAUUCACUGUUUUUGAUUGUACAGACUGUCCAUAGACUAUCUUUCUGAGCAGAAACGCUAGAGUGACAACGGCCGCCCUCUAAGAGCAGCAAAACACAAGCGUUGUCACUCUAGCGUUUCUGCUGACAAUGUCCUCCAAUCCUUGGGGGCAACCACCCAGAAGGGAGAACGGCGUGGACAUCAGCUCUUACGCUCACUCAUGCCUUGAUUUCACAAGCAGAUCCGUCGGCCACCCCACCUGUGUCCCGGCCAGAAGGUCAUACCCCCAAUUGGGAAUUAUACUGAGUUAUAUCACCAGUAACAAUGAAGGGAUUUGGUAUCCACAAACCGGAUCAUCUCAUUAAAUUUUGAAACGUUUUAGGCAACGGGCCCUGAGCACUCACCUGACGCGCCAUUCGAGUCGUAGAUCGCGGCGUGAGAAAUUAACGCGUCUGAGGACGCUGGUGGAGCAACCACGUUGCUGGAGAUGCCUGAGAGUGAGUUAUGAUGGCAAAGGAGAAGGAGUAAUAUAGACGGUUGUAUUUGUCGGUAUGGAGAGGAAGAAACCCUCUGCAUUGGUAAGUGUAAGCCUGAAAUUGAUGGAAAUGUGGAUGGUUGUAGCGGCAGCGAGGUGUGGACUUUUAGCGAAGUUUUGGAAAAUGGUUAGCUUUAAAUCGCAAGUUAUGGAAAAUGAAGCUGCCUACUUCGACGGCAACCCUGGUCUGGCAAAUGAUAAAGAUCGAUCGGGGGAAAGGAUAAGGCAGCAAGAGGUUCUCCAGGAAAGACAUUUUGGGGAAAAUUCUGAUAUGCUUGCAAACAAUCAUGUCGGCGAAUUUGGGUUUGGGAGAAGAUACGAGUCUUGGAAAAGAGGAUCCUCUGCGUUUAGAGGAAGAACAAGGGUUUUAAGGGCGGCGGUAAGCAAGCCUAUGUUUUCCCUCGAAAGCUGUCUCAUUAGUUAUGAAAUUAAGGAUAGUAGUUGCAUCUGGUGUGGAAGGCAAAGACAAAGGCCUCUUCUUGUUACAGAUGAUGGUAAGAUCGGGGGAGCUGGGAUUUCUCCUCUGCUGCUUCCAAUUCCUAUUACAGAUUGUGGACUGCCUUUUCAUAAUGACAUAAACAGUGAUGAGCCUGGGCCUGUACCUAUAACGGGACUUCCUUCACCAAGCCAAUGCAGUCAAAGUUCAAGGAAUGCAGAUAUAUCUGCAGCCUACCGUUUGGUUUGUUUUGGAGUUGGCAUUGGCAUAAUGUCCACAAUCAUGUCAAGCAGGAGGGAAAUGGAGAGGCUUACCUGUUUGCUAAGACAGAAAGAAGAAUUGAUUGAUGACCUAGAGGAAGAGCUAGAAAUGCGAGGUUCAUGGACUGUGAAAGACGUCACUGAUGAAGCCCGUAAUUGUUUAGAAACCUGGCAACAUCCCUUAGGUAAAAAACAAGAGCAGGGUGCUUCUUCUUUUAAUGCAUUGUCAAAUGAGGUCUGUGAGGUUGAUGAGAGAACUUCAGGUAAAAACUCUGUCAAAAUAAAGAAGAACAUGACCGGUGUUGAAGCAGAGCUUGAAGCAGAGUUGGAGAAACUAGAAUUCAACUUGCAUUUUUCUAAUCACCAGAGAAAUUUCCUCGGAAUCAAUGAGAUUGAUCCAAAUUGCAUUGCUGAUGUUGUUAGUGGAGAACUGAAAGAGGAUGGGCUCUCGUGUAAUGCAAAAUCAGAAGAAGAUAAUAGUUCUUCAAUACAUGAAGAAUUUAAUACAGAAAACUUUGCUGUUUCACCAAGGGAUUUGGAAAGACGCUUGCAUGAGGUUAUAAUAUCGAGGCUCCAGGAUCGUAUCAGAGAGCUUGAAACAGAACUUGAAGGUAGUCAAACUAAAUUGCAGGCAAUCAAAUUAGCUUUCAAGCAAUCAAAUGAGCUGAAUCAAACUUCUCAAUCAUUAAAUUCAGAAUGGAAGAUUCUAGAUUGGCUUAAAAAACUGUUCCUUAAGGAAUGUUAAAACCAAUACCAGUUAUGCAAAGCCAUUUAUUAAAUAGAUCCCUGAAGUUUCACAAAUUGUGGCCUCUAGGUUUCCUGGUUCUCAACAGUAAACUUUUUUUUUUGAUUUGUUGUUACAUUUUGAUGACAUCUGUAACACUGAUCUGCAGCUUGUAUACUCGCACAGUACAUUUUUUAUUAUGGCAAUAGAUGACUCUUUAAACAGUAGAUGUGUAAAUAAGGACUGAUA